CUGAUCAGGCCCGGAAAGUCCGAGCUAGGCCUGGGCCUGAGUUGCGAUCCGUUUUGCCCGUGUCCCCGACUGGUGGAAGCUCUGUCGCCGGGCUCGCACCAGCGCCCUUCGGAGCUCUCCGAGCCCCGCAGCCCUUGGAGCGUCGGGCACCGCGGCGUCUGAUCCCUCCCAAACGUGUCUGCCAUGGCAGCUGUCACAGGCUUGCGGGCCUGCGGGACAAAAGGGCCGGGCUGGCUCCGGCGCGGUCCGUGGGCUGCGCUCACCGCCGGUUUCUGCAGCCGGGGGCCCGCGGGGGCCGGGCAGCCGGAGUCUGGGUCGCGACCCACCAGCACGCGGCAGCGGGACGGCAUCAGGAACAUAGUCUUGAGCAAUCCAAAGAGGAGGAAUGCACUGUCUCUUGCAAUGCUGAAAUCUCUCCAGAGUGACAUUCUUCAUGAAGCCGAAAGCAAAGAUCUGAAAGUCAUCAUUAUUUCAGCUGAGGGGCCUGUAUUUUCUUCUGGGCAUGACUUAAAGGAACUGACCGAGGAGCAAGGGCCAGAUUAUCACACUCAAGUAUUUCAAACCUGUGCGGAGGUCAUGAUGCAGAUCCAGAGACAUCCUGUCCCAGUGAUCGCCAUGGUGAAUGGCCUUGCCACCGCUGCCGGGUGUCAGCUGGUUGCCAGCUGUGACAUCGCUGUGGCGAGCGACAAGUCGUCUUUUGCCACUCCAGGUGUGAACAUCGGGCUCUUCUGCUCCACUCCUGGGGUUGCCCUGGGGAGAGCAGUGCCCAGAAAGGUCGCCCUGGAGAUGCUGUUCACUGGGGAGCCUAUCUCUGCCCAGGAGGCCUUGAGUCACGGGCUGCUCAGCAAAGUCGUGCCAGAAGAGCAGCUGGAGGAAGAAACCAUGAGAAUAGCGAAAAAGAUUGCCUCCUUGAGCCGCCCUGUGGUGUCUUUGGGCAAGGCUGCUUUCUACAAGCAGCUGCCCCAGGACCUUAGAACGGCUUACUGCCUUACAGCUCAGACCAUGGUAGACAACGUGGCCCUGCAGGACGGGCAGGAGGGAAUCAAAGCCUUCAUCCAGAAGAGAAAGCCCAACUGGUCGCACUGAACAGAACUUGUGGGAGAAGUAGAGGCACGAGCCCUGUGGGUAGGCUCAGGCAGUAACACACCCAACCCCUCACCUCUGACCCCAACACCACAGCUGCCUUGUGAUGGAACAGCCGACAGCUGCCUCGACAAUAACAUUAGAAUGGUUUCGCCAGCGUGCUCUGUAUUAAAAGCUUUGAUUUCGAGGAGAGGAUGAAGUGGAGAGUCAAAGAAGAGCUCAUUUGCUUGUAGUGAGCCCACGCUCUGCUAGCUGCCUUCACACACCUGCGGGCCAGGGUGUUAUCACACCAGGUGUAAAGGAGAAGGCAGCCUGAGAAAUGUCUCCGGAGGUGGAAGUGGAUUUGGCUGCCCAAGAGAAAAGACACAUUUCAGAUCCCACAAGGUUAGUCGCAACUGAAAAUCCUGAGAAAUAAUCAUGCCCCGGGCUUUGGAAUAAUCUUACAUGAUUUCAAAAGAUGAAAUAUUUAGAGACAGUGGGAACUUGAUCUGUGCAGUGAGGCAGCAAACUCUUGAGAAAUGGAAAAACAGCCACAAACUCCUUUGUAUUCCACACUGACGGAUGUGGAGCAGCAGCUGGUGUUUCCAUGGUCGUGUCCUUGAUGCCCAGAGCACCACGAUGUCUUGAUUCUGAGUAAAGCUCAGUGUGAAAAAAGGGGUGCAGAACACAUGAUCUGCCAAGAACCACCUACUCUGGACUCACGUCCUGGCUUGCUGUGCCUCUAUAGAGAAUCCAAACUAGCAUCAGGUAUCCAGGCACUGAACAAGUGUUUGGACUAGGACAAAAAUGCCAUUUUCUGGUUUCUGGUCCAACGUGGCCCAGGAAAUGCUCGAAACUGCUCGUCCUCAAGUUUUCUCAGAAGGCUGAUUUAUUUUUAAGCUAAUCAUCUUGCCUAGAACAGAAUGUGGCUGUGAAUGUGCCCAGCACCACUGCCGAGGACAAGUGCCACGGGGCUCUAGUGGUCAUUCUCCUCAGGAUCCCUGGCACAAGCUCCUGUGGAAUGGAGUGUCCAGUAGUGUUUUCAUGCUUUCUAUGGAAGUGGAUGAUUGGGGGGGGAGGGUAUAACUUAGAAAGGUAGAAGAGUAUGUUCUGUGAUACUAACAGUGCUUCUGAGCUGAAAGAAUGUUAGAUCAUCAGCCAUGGGGCCCCUGGCACACACAGGCUGCCUCUGCUGUUACAUUUACAAACUUACAGGUGAGUUGUCAAAGGUCAGAUUUUGCACUUCGUUCGAGGUCCAAGAGCUGCAGCUGAUAGUUGCCUGCUGCCGCCUGGCCACACCACCCACUGAAUGGAGAGCCUAAGCUGGUGUGAGGGUAGCUUAAAGGAGUGAAUUUCAAUCCACCAUCACUUUCCAGAAAAAAAGACUUGGCCCAAUUCCUCCUUGCAGCAGAAUUGUGCUAGUAUCCUAGGGACAGAUUUGAUGUCUACUGAGCCCUUGGAUAAACAAUGUCAGCUGAACCCAGACCUCCCUGCCUCUCCAGAUGACCAGCUGUAGAAAUUAUUAGUAGCCAGUUGCCAGAUCAGAGAGUGUGAAAAAAAGGGGUGUUUUAAACUCUUUGGGCUUUGGAAAUAGUAGCAAAGGCUUCUCACACAUUUGGCAAAUGAAAAUCGAAAGUUUAUCUUGCCAUUUCUGUCUGAGUAUGUUCUAAACCCUCAAGCCAUGAAAUCCUUGCAUCUCUAGGCUGGCUUCCCAGCCUGUGAACUAAUUUGCACACAGGGACUUGCUACUGCAGGAAAUAAUCCAGAAGGAAAUCUGCUGUCCACCCUCCAAGGUCAUUAAUUCCUCCCUGAGGCCAAUAUAAAUUUUUUAGCUCUGCUUCUGUCCACUGGGAGACUGGAUGAAGUUUUCUGAGAGCCCACGUGAUGACUGUUCUUGGAAAGCCUAUUUGUCUCUUCCUAGCUUCAUUUACUUCUGGGGAGCUCCCCUGAACUCAGCCCUGCAGACCACACACCUACAAUUCAGGGGCUGGAAAAUAGGCGAGCAGGUGUUCACCCCUGCGCUUGGGUAACUGCACCUUCCCAACCCACGCUCCCCAUCAGGACCAUGAAUGGGUUGAGUGAGUGUCAGAUACCAGCUCCUGUAACUUUUUACACCAGUGGUGAGGUGGGAGUCAUGUCCCAUGCCAGGCAGCCCCAUGCUAUAUGUGACGCUCAGUGAGGUUAAGUCCAUGCCACUAGCUACAGGAUGUGGGCUGGGAUCUGCAGGAUUCUGGAUUGUGCUCCUAAUUAACACACUAUAUUCCUCCCAACACAAGGAAAAGACAACCGCUUCACGCUGCAGACAACCUUCUAUGCACUCAAAGAAAAAGAGCACAGGAAAGGCCACUGAGUUUUGCUUAGUGAAGACUUAGAGAAAAGCAGAGGUGUGGACACACUGAGCUCCCCUCCCAGGGUUACAUGAACCAGCGGAGCGGCCUGCAUCUCUCCAGGUGGCCAACUUUUCCUUCUAUAGAAAGCCACAGAGCGGGCUCUCCUACAUGUUCUGACACUCCAGAUUCUACAACACUAUGAUUUGGAAACUUGAGUAGGCAGCUUUCACUUGGAAAAGACACUUUUUACAAAAGGAGAUGGGUAUUUUAUCUGAGGGAGAGGUUAAGUUUGAAAAUACCUGAUUACUUUUGCAGGAGAAAGACUGUCAGAGCUUUGGGGUAACACCUGAACCCUUUGACUUUAGCUGGGAAGACCAUACAAGGGGGCAUUUGAUCACUAUGGAAAUUGGCGAUUACCCUUGUCUCAUCUGGUGCUUUAUUCUCUGUUCCCUGCCCUUUUAAGUGACAGAUAUCCAUCCAGAGGUGGUUGUAUUUUAAAAGUUGCAGCAGUGUGAAUUUUAUGACAAAUUGUGGACAGUUUCAGGGCCUUCAGACUCUCAGGGCUCCUGCCUCUUGAAGGCCCUGCUAGUUACACUUUGGAACACACCCAAUUCCACACUUGACAGCAUUCAUCUAUUUAGAGGAAGGAGUUCACUAAUUUCCUUUAAACUUUGUAAAAAAAAAUCUGCUUAAUGAUGAUUAGUUCUUAACAAUCAUUGAGUAGGUGAGAGUUUGAUUCAACAUUAUUGAAGUUGAUAAAUAAAAUAUUGUAUUUCAGCUUUUCAAGAACUUUGUUGUUUAUUUGUUUUUCAUGUCUGUAAUUA